AUGGAUUCGAAUUCGAAAAGUUCGUUAAAAAAGGGCCAUGAUACUCACUAUGCCCGUUAUCCUAUGAAGAAGCCAAGCACUCCAACUCUCCUCCAUACUUUCUCAAGUCGCAACUCCCUCACAAAAAAACCUGGGAAGACUGGCAAUAAUGAAAACAAUUUUUUAAGUCGGCAAACACCUGAUAGCUUUAUAUGGGAUGAUAGAGCCUUGAAGACCGCUCCAAGUUCUCCUAGCAAGCUUCUAGCGUCCCAGUCAGAGCGCGAGUUGGAUAGUGCGUUAAAAAAGCCUAUGCUAAGACGUCCACAGGUGUUUUCUUCAAAUAACAGUAAUAGAAAGCUGUUUAUGAAUGAGAGUUUGCACGUGACAGGAUUUGAGCUGAAAAAUAUUGAAGACUGUGGGGCUUCAGUGGAUAUCCCGAGCGAUUUGAACAGCUCACUAAGCUUUGGAAGUUAUAAUACUAACUCCCGCAUCUGUGAGCAAGGCUAAAAAUUUUUAAAAAAAAUUUAUUUUAAAUUCGAAAAAAUUGGUAUAGCUUAUAUCCUUUUAUAGAUUUCUUUAUCGAGCAAAAUGUACUGGAUUAUUGAACGACCAAGAGAGACUCUAUUAAAGGAACGGGCUGGAUAUCUAUAUCAGGAAGUGCUAAAAAGUGACAUGUCAAAAAAUGGUGACAAGUCUGAAAAAAUUUGGCAAGUGAGCGCGCCAAUUUUUAAAAAUGGAUUUUAUUAUUAAAAUAAUUUUAAAACUUAAGAUACCCAAUUAGACAGAAGAUAUAAUUACACAUUAUAUAUUGGCUUUAAAUAUUUUGAUUUUCAUAUAUAUUAAGCUGUAAAAAUAAAAAACUUGCAACUCGAUGUGCAUUUUUCCGGCUCGAUGGAAUUUCUUUAUGUUAUGCUAAUUUAUUUAUGAAGACUAGAGUUAUAAUUUGCAAAGUGCGUGGCUUGUGAUUCUCAACAUAUACAAAGUUCUUAUCGACUCAUAUGAUGUGGACUUAGCAAAAAUUCAAUAUGGCUUAUAAGUGAAAAUAAAAAACUUGCAGCUCGAUGUGCAUUUUUCCGGCUCGAUGGAAUUUCUUUAUUUUAUGCUAAUUUAUUUAUGAAGACUAGAGCUAUAAUUUGCAAAGUGCGUGGCUUGCGAUUCUCAAUAUAUAAAAAGUUCUUAUCGACUCACAUGAGAAGUAUUUAGCAAAAAUCAAUAUGGCUUUUAAGUGAAAAUCAAAAACUUGCAACUCGGUGUGCAUUUUUCCGGCUCGAUGGAAUUUCUUUAUUUUAUGCUAAUUUAUUUAUGAAGACUAGAGUUAUAAUUUGCAAAGUGCGUGGCUUGUGUAUCUCAAUAUAUAAGAAGUUCUUAUCGACUCACAUGAGAAGUAUUUAGCAAAAAUCAAUAUGGCUUAUAAGUGAAAAUAAAAAACUUGCAACUCGAUGUGCAUUUUUCCGGCUCGAUGGAAUUUCUUUAUGUUAUGCUAAUUUAUUUAUGAAGACUAGAUCUAUAAUUUGCAAAGUGCGUAGCUUGUGAUUCUCAAUAUAUACAAAGUUCUUAUCGACUCAUAUGAGAAGUAUUUAGCAAAAAUUCAAUAUGGCUUAUAAGCGAAAAUAAAAAACUUGCAACUCGAUGUGCAUUUUUCCGGCUCGAUGGAAUUUCUUUAUUUUAUGUUAAUUUAUUUAUGAAGACUAGAGCUAUAAUUUGCAAAGUGUGUGGUUUGUGAUUCUCAACAUAUACAAAGUUCUUAUCGACUCAUAUUUGUGCACUUAGCAUAAUUAAAUAUUGAUUAAAAUUAAAAUAUCUUAAGUUUUAAAAUUAUUUUAAUAAUAAAAUCCAUUUUAAAAAUUGGCGCGUUCACUUGCCAAAUUUUUUUCAGACUUGUCACCAUUUUUUGACAUGUCACUUUUUAGCACUUCCUGAUAUAGAUAUCCAGCCCGUUCCUUUAAUAGAGGCUCUCUUGGUCGUUCAAUAAUCCAGUACAUUUUGCUCGAUAAAGAAAUCUAUAAAGGGGUAUGAGCUAUAUCUAAAAAUUGUUUAAUUUGUAAAAUUUAUGCUUUAGAAUGUGUAAUGGUUAAAUUUGAACAGACUUAUUUUAUAUAGAAAAUUUUUUAUACUAAAAAAAUAUUUGUUGGAACACUAAGGGUUUUUCCACAAAAAAUUAGGGAUAUUUCUAAUGAAUUGCUCCUUACAGAGAAAGGAGUAAGAUCCUCAAUUAUCGGUUAUUCAGCAACCCAACAAAAGAGAGGAUUAUCACUAAGCCAAAAAAUUAA